ACUGACACAAGCCGGAGUGCAUCUUUUCAAAUCCUUCGCCAGCAGUCCCGCGAGUGUCGUGGCUGGAUCCCACCCGCAGACGCUCGCUCGGCGGGCACGUUCUCCGCCCCCACCCUCGUUGAACGCGUUCUAUAAAGCCACUCCACUUCCGGCCGGGGGUGUCAAAGUCGCAGCCGGGCGAGGAGGUCUUGCCCAGCAAGUCCGCAAUAAAGUCGCGCCGACUGGAACUAAUUUUUUUAAUUUUUUUUUUUUUUAAUUUUUUUUUAAAGGACACAUUGACUCCGUCAAAACAACACAAAGGGAAGGUGCAGGUCUUUGGAGGUGGGAGGGGCCUAUCCCCAGGUGCAUGUUUUUGGCGGUGGGAGGAAGCCCGAAGUCGCGGGGAGAACAUGCAAACUCCACACAGAAAGAUCCCGAGCCCGGGAUUGGACCUUCCUAUUGUGAGGCACUUGCACUAACCCCUGUCUGACUGACAUUAAGUGCUCUAGGUCCUCUGGGUGUAAACAUCGGGUCCUCCGUGAAAAAUCUCGGAGUGAUCUUCGAUAGUGUCUUCCAAUUCACUAAACAGGAUCAAGAUGUCUGCAGUGAGAACAACCAGCAGGAAACCACUUUGCCGUUUUUAACUAAGGACCAUCGAGUUUCCUUCCUGGUCUAGCUGGCCAAUGCCGGCCCCGUCGUGGACGUCUGGCGGCGGUCCCAGCAGUAAUCGUGCGAGAGCGGUCCCCGCCGCCUAGCCCAUGAUGCCGUCAUCCACACGGAAAGGCGUGCCAAAGGACCCCGAGCUGGCCGAACUCUUCUUCAAGGAUGACCCCGAGGAAGUCUUCUGCGACCUGCACGAGAUCGGACAUGGCAGCUUUGGGGCCGUCUACUUUGCCCGUAACUCCUAUUCCAACGAGGUGGUGGCCAUCAAGAAGAUGUCCUACAACGGCAAGCAGACUACUGAGAAGUGGCAGGACAUUAUUAAGGAGGUCAAGUUUUUGGGGCAACUGCGGCACCCAAACACCAUCGAGUACAAAGGAUGCUACCUGAAGGACAACACUGCCUGGCUGGUGAUGGAAUAUUGUUUGGGCUCUGCAUCAGACUUACUCGAAGUUCACAAGAAGCCCCUCCAAGAGGUGGAAAUCGCUGCCAUUACCCAUGGUGCCUUGCUAGGACUCGCUUACCUUCAUUCCCAUAAUAUGAUUCACAGAGACGUGAAAGCCGGAAACAUCCUGCUGACCGAGCUGGGACAGGUCAAACUGGCCGACUUUGGCUCCGCCUCCAUUGCCUCACCCGCCAACUCCUUUGUGGGGACACCUUACUGGAUGGCCCCGGAAGUGAUAUUAGCCAUGGACGAGGGUCAAUACGAGGGCAAGGUGGACAUCUGGUCCCUGGGGAUCACCUGUAUCGAAUUAGCGGAACGUAAACCGCCCUUGUUCAACAUGAACGCCAUGAGUGCCUUAUAUCACAUCGCACAGAACGACUCCCCCACUCUGCAGUCCAAUGAGUGGUCCGACCCUUUCCGAAGCUUUGUGGACUACUGCCUACAGAAAUUUCCUCAGGACAGACCCUCUUCAGGGGAGCUGCUAAGACAUGAUUUUGUGCGGCGGGAGCGCUCGCCGAGGAUUCUCAUGGACCUGAUCCAGAGGACCAAGGAUGCGGUGCGCGAGCUGGACAACCUGCAGUACCGCAAGAUGAAGAAGAUCCUCUACCAGGAGAAGCACAACGGACCCAUGGGGGAGAGCCAGGAGGACGAGGAGGACAGCGAGGCAGCCAGCUGCAAGUUGAACAGCCUGGGCAGCAACCACUCGGUGCCCAGCACGUCGGUCAGCACGGGCAGCCAGAGCAGCAGCGUCAACAGCAUGCAGGAGGUGCUGGACGACAGCUGCUCCGACAUGACCAUGAUGCAUCCCCAGGACUACGGCGGCACCCUGGAUUCCUCGCCGCAGGCCAAGAAGCAGGACCACCAGUACAACUGGGACGAGGGCAUCCACAGGGACCACCGGCUGACCUCCUUGGACAAGAGCAGCCAGGCCCAGAGCUACAAGAACCAGGGCCGCUUUGCCACCAUCAAGUCCGCAUCCCUGGUGACCAAGCAGAUCCAUGAGCACGAGCAGGAGAGCGAGCUGCGUGAGCAGAUGUCGGGCUACAAGCGCAUGCGGCGGCAGCACCAGAAGCAGCUGAUCGCCCUGGAGAACAAGCUGAAGGCCGAGAUGGACGAGCACCGCCUGAAGCUGCAGAAGGAGGUGGAGACGCAGGCCAACAACGCCUACAUCGAGCUGGAGAAGCUGGCCAAGCGCCACGCCAUGCACAGCGACAAGGAGAUGAAGACCACGUUGACGGACGAGAAGAAGUUCCAGCAGCAGAUUGUGACGCACCAGAAAAAGGAGCUGACCACCUUUCUGGACAAUCAGAAGAAGCAGUACAAACUCUGCAAGGAGAAGAUUAAGGAGGAAAUGAGCGAGGACCACAGCACGCCCAAGAAGGAGAAGCAGGAGCGCCUGUCCAAGCACAAAGAGAACAUGCAGCACUCGCAGGCGGAGGAGGAGGCCCACCUGCUGUCCCACCAGAGGGUCUACUACGACAGGAACUGCCGCGCUUUCAGGCGCAGGACCAUGAUCAAGAGGCACGACCAAGAGCAGGAACAAAUACGAGAGGAGCUGAACAAGAAAAAGACCCAGAAGGAGAUGGAACACGCCAUGUUGAUCCGACAUGACGAGUCCACGCAGGAGUUGGAGCAGCGGCAGCUCAGGACGCUCCAGAAGCUGCGCAUGGACCUGAUCCGCCUGCAGCACCAGACCGAGCUGGAGAACCAAAUCGAGUACAACAACCGACGCGAGCGGGAACUCCACCGCAAGCACGUGAUGGAGCUCCGGCAGCAGCCCAAGAACCUCAAAGUGCUGGAGCUGCAGAUCAAGAAGCAGUUCCAGGACACGUGCAAAGUGCAAACCAAGCAGUACAAAGCGCUGCGCCAUCACCAGAUGGAGGUGACGCCCAAAGCCGAGCACAAGACCGUACUAAAGGCGCUGAAGGACGAGCAGACGCGCAAACUGGCCAUCCUGGCCGAGCAGUACGAGCAGAGCAUAAACGAGAUGAUGGCCUCGCAAGCGCUGCGUCUGGACGAGGCUCAGGAGGCGGAGUGCCAGGCGCUGAGGCAGCAGCUGCAGCAGGAGAUGGAGCUGCUCAACGCCUACCAGAGCAAGAUCAAGAUGCAGACAGAGGCGCAGCACGAGCGGGAGCAGCACAAGCUGGAGCAGAAGAUGUCGCUGCGACGUGCACACCUGGAGCAGAAGAUCGAAGAGGAGCUGGUUUCCCUUCAGAAGGAGCGCACCGACCGCAUCAAACACCUGCUGGAGCGACAGGAGCGCGAGAUCGACGCCUUCGACAUGGAGAGUUUGCGGCUGGGCUUUGGCAACCUGGCCGCCCUGGACUUCGCCAAAGACGACUACAGAUGAGAGGUCAAAGGCCACCCCGAGCGUGAGAGCACCCUCUAGUGGGCCGACAGGAAGUGACCUCACCCCCCGUCCCUCAUCCAGGGACCACCUCCUCUUGUGGUGUAUCCUGACAGGCCGUGGUGACAGGAGGCGGGGCCGAGCAGGGUCACUUCCUGUUUACUUUUUACGACCAAUGAGACACCUUGGUGUACAUAAGAGAUGUAAUGUGAUUACUGGCCGCCAAUGUGAAUAUGAAUAAUAAUAAUAAUGAUGGAGUUGUCGCACAAAAAGGGCUUCAUGUGAGGGAAGGGGCGGGGCUUUGUAAGGAAGGAUUUAUUGAGAGCUUUUAUGUAUUUUCAUAUUCUAUUUUAAAUCUCACGCCAAAUUUCUCUUUAUUGUCCCCUCUGCUAAAAGUGACUCCAUCAUCACUUUUUUAAACACUCUUCUUACGAUGAUGAUGACGUCAUUGCAUGCACUUUAAUCACCCCCCUACCCCCCGUUUAAGAGAAAAGCAUGGCUGUGUUUAAAAGCUUUUAAUUAUAUUUGUAAAUAAAGUGCUGAUGACACAAA